AUGUAUACAGCUAACUCCGAGCGUGACGAGUUCAACAUUAUUACCUCUGAUCGCCUCAGUAUUGUUGCCCAUGUCCAAGCUGUCGACCAGCCCCUCGAAAAUAUUGACCCCGCACAGAGGCUAGUGGUCUACUGCGAGAACGGCGUUCCGGUCGCUCUGUCGGAGCCGGCAGAUGUGGUGCUCUACACGCCGGCCGCGAGUGUUGCCGACCUUCUCAUAUACGAGAGCGACAGAGAUGCAAGCUCAAGGGAUAAUGUGCCUGACGAUGACAUAUUGGCCAUGGACACAAUACCAAAGCGCCGGUCGUGGGCUUGGAUGGCGGACGUCCCGCGCAACCUCGUGUUCCUCGGCAACUCUGUGACUCGGUUUAUUCGUCCUGUCUCCAAUCGCGGCACGCCGACCUUCUCUCGUCCGGGCGGCGCGCGCCUACCACGCUUUGGCUGGCGCACCUCCGAAGAAUGGAAGGUUGCGACCCAGAUGCCGAUUCCCCGGCUCCGUCGGCAUGGAUUCGGUUACAGGUCCGAUAUGGCUCACGGAGGCGGAAAUGGCCAUUGGAGCGAUGUGACGCUGCAGCAGGUUCUGCCCAUCAUCUUCGUCCUGCUGUACAUCUGCCGCCGAUACUGGCUGCCGCUCGUGUGGCAAACAUUGCUCGCCAUCAUCGUCAUCGUGGCGUGGGCAGUGUAUGAGAUGGGCAUCAGCGUUCUGAAAGGUCUCGCUGUCCUGUCUGGCCGGCUAGACUUCGUGAAAGCCAUCUUCCUGAGGGCUUGGCACAUCAUUGCUAACGCUCGUCAAUGGUGCGCAUCUGUGGACGCUGUCAUGUUCACGUGGGGCCUGGCAGCGAGGCUCGAUGGUAUGGAAAACAACAUCGGUCCCAUCAUCGGCGGCAUCAUCCUCCACACAUUGCAGCCUCGAUACAACCUUGCGACAGUCUUUGUGGACCCCGUUAUUGCAGCCAUCGACUGGCUGAACUCGUGGCCCGUGGGUUUCAAGCUGAACACGGAACUCAGCAACUUUAUGAGCUCAACGCUGAGAUUCGGACUGAAUGUUUGGAAGGAGAUGUACAUGUACAUGUUCGUCGUCGCUGGAACGAUCGCUGGACUACUCACCUUCCUCUCGCAUGCGCUGGACGCGUUCCGCCUUAUGACCCUGCAUCUCCGCGCUGGAUACCUGUUUACGCGCGCCCUAUACCGCUGGCAGAUGUCUGCGCUUGGUGGUCUGUGGAAUCUCUUCCGCGGCAAGAGAUGGAACACACUCCGGCAUCGCACCGACUCUCAUGCCUACGACCUUGAUACGCUCUUUCUCGGUACGCUUCUCUUCACGCUCAGUGUCUUCUUGGCGCCGACACUGGUUGCUUACUACGGUCUUUUCUUCAUCAUCAACGCCAUCCUCGUGGCUGUGGAAGGAUGCUUGAGACUCGGCAUCGUUUUCGCGAAGACUUGCCCGUGGUAUGAGCUCCAGCUGCGGGCCAGAUUCCCAGAGGCUCUACCUGGUGGUGUCGUGUUUGAAGCGGUCGCUCUGCCAGAGCCCAGCAGUAAACAUGUCGUUCCAGUUCAGCAGAUGCUUAGAGUGAAGACUACCCCAAAGUCUUACGGAGAGAUCCUCGCCCCCAUGAUGGCGAACCUUCGCACCGAGCUGGGAUCUCUCAAGUCGCGCCUAUAG